CCAGGCGGCGAGGAGAUAAAUAGCGCAUGCGCGGUCUUCUACUUCCCUUCUGCAUCGGCUCGGAGACAAAAUGUCUCACCGCAAAUUUUCAGCUCCCAGACAUGGAUCCUUGGGCUUUUUGCCCCGCAAGCGCAGCCGUCGCCAUCGAGGCAAGGUGAAGAGCUUUCCUAAAGAUGACCCCAGCAAGCCCAUCCACCUCACUGCAUUUCUUGGGUACAAGGCUGGCAUGACCCACAUUGUCCGUGAAGUUGACAGACCUGGAUCCAAGGUGAACAAGAAAGAAGUUGUAGAGGCAGUUACUGUGGUGGAAACCCCUCCCAUGGUCAUUGUGGGAAUUGUGAGCUAUGUGCAAACUCCUCGUGGCCUUCGUACCUUCAAGACCAUAUUUGCUGAGCACAUUAGUGAUGAAUGCAAGCGUCGCUUCUACAAGAACUGGCAUAAGUCCAAGAAGAAGGCCUUUACCAAGUACUGCAAGAAGUGGCAGGAUGACGAAGGCAAGAAGCAAUUGGAGAAGGAUUUCAACAGCAUGAAGAAGUACUGCCAGGUUAUCAGGGUCAUAGGUCACACUCAGAUGCGCAUGCUUCCACUCCGGCAAAAGAAGUCUCACCUCAUGGAGAUCCAGGUGAAUGGUGGCACUGUGGCUGAGAAGGUGGAUUGGGCCCGAGCAAAGCUGGAGCAGCAGGUGCCUGUAUCAACUGUUUUUGGCCAGGAUGAAAUGAUAGAUGUCAUUGGCGUCACCAAGGGCAAGGGCUACAAAGGGGUUACUAGCCGAUGGCACACUAAAAAACUGCCCCGGAAGACUCAUAGGGGUCUGCGCAAAGUGGCCUGUAUUGGCGCAUGGCAUCCUGCUCGUGUGGCCUUCUCUGUAGCUCGAGCUGGUCAGAAGGGCUACCAUCACCGCACAGAGAUCAAUAAGAAGAUCUACAAGAUUGGCCAAGGAUACCAAAUCAAGGAUGGAAAGUUGAUCAAAAACAAUGCUUCAACAGAGUAUGAUCAAUCUGAUAAGAGCAUUAACCCUCUGGGUGGGUUUGUCCAUUACGGUGAAGUGACCAAUGAUUUUAUCAUGUUGAAAGGCUGUGUUGUUGGGACCAAGAAGAGAGUUCUCACUCUGCGCAAGUCCUUGCUGGUACAGACCAAGCGUCGUGCCCUGGAGAAGAUUGCCCUGAAAUUCAUCGACACCACUUCCAAAUUUGGCCAUGGCCGCUUCCAGACUGCAGAGGAAAAGAAGGCUUUCAUGGGACCACUCAAGAAAGACCGUAUUGCCAAAGAGGAGACAGCUUAAUGUCUGGAAUAUUGUGGUUCUGGCAUGUAGUAUAAAAUAAAGCUACAAAUAUCAAAUACCA